AUGAGUGAUCAUUCCGGCAACGACAACUCCAGUGUAGAGAGUGUUGACCGCUACCAUGGUUUCGAUUCUCAAGUUGAGGGUCAGAUUCAGGACCUUGUGAGAACUCUGACUCAGAAGUCGGAGGUUGCGUUCCAAGAAGGUCAAAAUGAGUCAGAUGGUGAAUCUGCAUUAUCAAGAGUGCUUUCGAGGGUGUCCACAAUUGCUCCUGGUGUCAACCCUAUGGGAGAAGACCUGGAGGAGCUGGACCCUCGUUUGAACCCUGAUAACCCAGAUUUCUCUUCACGGUACUGGAUUAAGAACAUUAGAGCGUUCAUGGAUAAAGAUGAGGCACACUACCAGAACUAUUCGUUUGGUAUUGCCUACAAGAACCUCAGAGCCUCGGGUGAAGCAACUGACGCUGACUACCAAACCACAACUCUCAAUGCUCCUUACAAGUUUGCAAAGAUGUAUGCUAAACAGUUUUUUACAACCAAGACUCAAAAGGCCAAGUCACAGUUCGAUAUCUUGAAGCCUAUGGAUGGACUGAUUAAGCCCGGUGAAGUUGUUGUUGUUCUUGGUAGACCUGGCUCUGGUUGUACAACUCUGCUGAAGUCGAUUGCUUCCAAUACCCACGGUUUCGAUAUCGGCGAGGAAUCAAAGAUAUCAUACGAUGGGCUUUCUCCAAAUGAAAUUAAAAAACACUUUAGAGGUGAUGUUGUGUACAAUGCUGAGUCUGAUAUCCAUUUCCCUCAUUUAACCGUUUGGCAGACGCUGUACACUGCAGCAAAGUUUAGAACUCCUCAAAACAGAAUUCCAGGAAUUUCCAGAGAGGACUUUGCUGCUGCCAUGACAAACGUCUACAUGGCCACUUACGGUUUGCUACAUACCAAGAACACAAAGGUUGGUUCUGAACUGGUUCGUGGUGUCUCCGGUGGUGAGAGAAAGAGAGUCUCCAUCGCUGAGGUGUCUCUUGCUGGUGCUAAGUUACAAUGUUGGGAUAAUGCCACCAGAGGUUUGGAUGCUGCGACAGCUCUGGAGUUCAUCAGAGCCCUGAGAACAUCUGCUGAUGUUUUGGAUACCACCGCUAUCAUUGCCAUCUAUCAAUGUUCUCAAGAUGCUUACGAUUUGUUCGACAAGGUGUCAGUGUUGUACGAUGGCUACCAGAUCUUCUUCGGUAGAGCAGACGAGGCCAAGCAAUAUUUCCUCAAAAUGGGCUGGGAAUGUCCACAACGUCAAACCACAGCUGAUUUCUUAACCUCCGUUACAUCUCCAAGGGAACGUGUUCCUCGAAAGGGUUAUGAAGACAAGGUACCAAGAACUGCAAAGGAGUUUGAAGCUUAUUGGAAAGCCUCUCAGGAGUACUCUUUCUUGGUGAAGGAAAUCGAUGCUACUAUCUCCCAGAAUGAACAAACCAACCAAUCUAGCGAAUACUAUGCUUCAAAACAUGCUAGACAAUCUAAUCAUAUGAGAAAAUCAUCCCCAUACACUGUGUCUUUCUUCAUGCAGACAAGAUAUCUACUGACUCGUGAGUUUCAAAGAAUUCGUAAUGACAUUGGAUUUCACGCUUUCUCAGUCUUGUCCAAUUCGCUUAUGGCGUUGGUUUUAUCUUCCAUUUUCUACAAUUUACCAUCUAACACAUCCUCUUUCUACUACAGAGGUGCUUCAAUGUUCUUCGCUGUUUUGUUCAACGGUUUCCAAUCUUUCUUGGAGAUUAUGUCUCUUUUCGAAGCCAGACCAAUUGUGGAAAAGCACAAGGGUUAUGGUCUAUAUCAUCCUGCUGCUGAUGCACUGGCCUCUGUCACUUCUCAGUUACCUUUCAAGCUGUUCACAUCCUUGUUCUUCAAUCUGAUUUACUACUUUAUGGUUAACUUUAGAAGAGAGCCAGGAAAUUUCUUCUUUUAUCUGUUUGUUAAUAUCUUGGCCACUUUGACAAUGUCUCAUUUCUUCAGAUUGAUUGGGUCCAUGUCUUCCACCUUGCCACAAGCGUUGGUGCCAGCCCAUGUCAUCAUGUUGGCGAUGAUCUUGUUUACAGGGUUCACCAUUCCAAUCAACUAUAUGCUUGGCUGGUGCAGAUGGAUUAACUACUUGGAUCCUAUGGCAUAUGCCUUUGAGUCAUUAAUGGUCAAUGAGUUUUACAACAGAAUCUUUGAGUGUUCGUCCUAUAUUCCGGGAAACCCAGCUGAUAAUCCAUCUUGGCCUUCAGACUCUUGGGUUUGUAAUGCUGUUGGUGCGUCCGCUGGUGAAACAUAUGUCAAUGGUACUAUCUAUUUGAAUGUUGCAUUUGAAUACACUCACGGACACAAGUGGAGAAACGUCGGUAUCGUUAUUGGUUUCAUGGUUGCUUUACUUGCUGCCUACAUGUUGUUUGCGGAGUUCAAUGAGUCUGCAAAGCAAAAGGGUGAGAUCUUGUUGUUCCAAAGUUCUACUUUGAAACAGCUUAAGAAGGACAAGGCCAAGAACGAUCUUGAGGCUGGUAAAGAGCGUGAUAUCACUGAAGCUCCUGAGGAGGAGGACGUCAAUGUUGAUGCUAUUCAAGCUGGUAAGGACAUCUUCCACUGGAGAGAUGUCCACUAUACCGUGAAGAUCAAGUCUGAAUACCGUGAGAUUUUAUCUGGUGUCGAUGGUUGGGUCAAGCCUGGUACUCUGACUGCCCUGAUGGGUGCAUCUGGUGCUGGUAAGACUACCUUGUUGGAUGUCCUCGCUAGUCGUGUCACUAUGGGUGUUGUCACCGGUAGUAUGUUUGUCAAUGGCCACUUGAGAGACUCUUCUUUCCAGAGAUCUACUGGUUACGUCCAGCAACAAGAUUUGCAUUUGGAAACCGCUACUGUUCGUGAAGCACUGAGAUUCUCUGCUUACUUGAGACAGCCAUCAUCUGUUCCUAAACAAGAGAAGGACGAGUACGUUGAAGAAGUCAUCAAGAUCUUGGAUAUGCAGAAGUAUGCUGAUGCCGUUGUCGGUGUUGCUGGUGAAGGUUUGAACGUUGAGCAGAGAAAGAGACUGUCCAUUGGUGUUGAGCUUGCUGCUAAGCCAAAGCUUCUGCUGUUCUUCGAUGAGCCAACAUCUGGUUUGGACUCCCAAACUGCUUGGUCGAUUUGUCAGUUGAUGAGAAAGCUUGCCAAUCAUGGACAGGCCAUCUUGUGUACCAUUCACCAGCCUUCAGCCAUCUUGAUGCAAGAGUUUGACAGAUUGUUGUUUUUGGCUAGAGGUGGUCGUACUAUCUACUUCGGUGAUUUGGGUAAGAACUGUCAAGCCUUGAUCGACUACUUUGAAAGCCACGGCUCUCCAAAGUGUCCACCUGAAGCUAACCCAGCUGAAUGGAUGCUUCAUGUCAUUGGUGCUGCUCCUGGUUCUCAUGCUAACCAAGACUACCAUCAAGUUUGGUUGGAAUCUGAUGAGCGUAAGGAGGUGUUGAAAGAACUUGACUAUAUGGAAAAGGAGCUUGUGAAGUUACCUUAUGACUCAACUGUUGGAAAGGAAGAGUUUGCCACAUCCAUUCCUUAUCAGUUUGUUAUUGUGUUGAAAAGAGUGUUGCAAUUGUAUUGGAGAACACCAAGUUUUGCUUGGGCUAAGCUGUUCUUGUCAAUUUCGUCCUGUAUAUUCAUUGGAUUUGUCUUCUUUGAUGCUGAUUUAAGUAUACAAGGUUUACAGAACCAGAUGUUUGCACUUUUCAUGUUCUUGACCAUCUUCAACCCAAUGAUUCAGCAGCAGUUGCCUAUGUUUGUUUCUCAAAGAGAUUUGUACGAAGUGAGAGAACGUCCUUCUAAGACCUUUUCUUGGAAGGCCUUCAUGGCUGCUCAGAUUGUUGCUGAUAUCCCAUGGAACGUUGUACUUGGUACCAUUGCUUACUUUGUCUUCUACUAUCCAGCAGGUUUCUACCAUAAUGCCGAACCAACAGACCAAGUGAACCAAAGAGGUGCCUAUGCCUGGUUCUUUAGUUGUUUGUUCUUCGUUUAUAUGGGAACAUUUGGUUCUCUGUGUGUUGCUCCAUUGCAACUUGCAGACUCCGCUGGUAAUGUUGCGAUGUUGUGUUUCACCUUGUGUUUGACGUUCUGUGGUGUUCUUGUCGGGCCUGAUGCUUUACCAGGUUUCUGGAUCUUCAUGUACAGAGUGUCACCAUUCACUUAUUAUAUCGAUGGCUUCUUGUCCAACGCUUUGGGUAACGCCCAAGUUACAUGUUCACAGGCUGAAUUGAGAGUUUUGAACCCACCAGACAGCAAUACGACUUGUUCAGAAUAUCUCAGUGACUACAUUGAAGCUGCUGGAACAGGGUACUUGGUUGAUGGCUCUGCAACCUCUGAGUGUGGUUUGUGUCCAAUGUCCAGCACCAAUGCCUUUUUGAGCAGCAUCAGUUGUUCUUACAGCCGUAAAUGGAGAAACCUUGGUAUUUUCUGUGCCUACAUUGUUAUUAACAUUGUCGGAGCUUUGUUGUUCUACUGGUUAGCAAGAGUUCCAAAGAAGAGAAAUAGAGUGAAGGAUGAAAAACCAGAGGCAACUACCUCUGUUGGUGAAGGCAAGGAAGUUGAAAGCAACAUGGAGAAGGCUUCUUCUGAUUGA